AUGGACAUGGAGGGUGUGAUUAUUCUGCGUAAGAAGGGUCUAAAUGGUUGUGACAGUCCCGACAUCGAGGCAGACGACUCUGCUGGUCAGAGCCCCGAGUCAGAGGACAAAUACCGCAAGAUCAAUGAAGACAUUGACCUCCUGAUCAGCAGACAGAGACUCUGUCAGGCUCUCCCCCCGCCUAACUAUGACAUGGUUGGCUCCAUCCAGGGCCAAAACAACAGUGGACUACUAUACUCUCACCCCGGGGUGGGGGGAUCCUUGUAUAACCACAAUCUUCUGCCCCUUUGCCACACACACCCUGGCCUGCAGAGGAACAGCAUGUCGCCUGGACCCCAACACACACACCCUGGCCUGCAGAGGAACAGCAUGUCGCCUGGACCCCAACACACACACCAACCCCCCAGGGCUGGAAACUCAGGAGGGAUGAUGGGUUCAGAGCGGUCUAACACCGUCUCCAACGCUGGUAGCGGUAACUAUGGUAACCAUCGUACCUCCCCGGGGCUGCUGUCUCCAGGAGGCAUGGCCAAGACUUCGCCCCCGAUGAACUCCAUGACCCUGAGUGGCAACCGCAAGCCGGACCUCCGCCCGCUGCUGCCCCCUGGCAACAAGAACAACAUGCCCUCCAUCAACCAGAGAAUAAACCACUCCCAGUCUGCCCAGACAUUGGCUACCCCCGUGGUCUCCAUAGCAACACCUACUCUGCCCGGGCAGGGUAUGGUAGGGUAUCCCUCUGCCCUCUCCACCUCAUAUGACACAGAGUACUCUCUGGGUGACCUGUCAGGGUUUGGUAACAGAUCAGGAUCUCUCCACCUGGAAUCAGUAACAGGCUGGCAGCAACAACCGCUACAGAAUAUACAGCACUCAGCACUGGGACACAUGGGAAACAUUUGUCAGAACUCCAACCUUAACCUCCAGAAUGUCCAUCAGAACCUCUACAUCAAGUCAGAGCCCACCUCCCCGCCCAGAGAUCGAGGCAUCGGAUUUGUCAACGGAGGGAUGGGGGGUGUGUCCCAUGGCUACCCAACAAAUCAGGGCCCGGCAGAGGCAGGGCAGUCUCCUGGCGACAGCCUAUCCAGCUGUGGCAGCUCAUACGAUGGCAGUGAUCGCGAGGAUCACCGCGGAAACGACAACUUCCUGCUACACCCGAUGUCCAAUCAGGAAGAGCGCCACAGCCCGUCCCUCAAACGAAUGCGCCUAUCAAAAUGCUGGGCUACAUGAUAAGGCCUUCCUCUGAUUCACAGAGGGGGAGGGGCUUGUGUAGAGUUACGUUUAGUGUUAUUAUGACUAUUAU